AUGAUGCGAACGCGCGACCCCCGCAUCCGACAACGGAUCAAUCAGAUCUCCCAUAAUCUUGAGACCGCCAACGAAACAGCGCAAGAAGGCCUCUACACUUUCUCCCACAAUUACAUAUCUCCAUGCUUUGCAUCAAUCGGAAACUGCGUAAAUGCAUGCACAGCCCCUUGCCUCCCGAGCCGAGAAGACCAUCUCCGACGACGACGCCGCGGCCAAGCCGAAGCGAACUUUGAUUUCUACGAUGACUGGGACAACGAAGAACAAGAUGACAGUCUAUUAGGUUGGGGAACAGGAGAACUUGACCGACUCCUCGCUGGAAGCGGUCUGGCACGCGGACCUGCAGACCAACCGCGCCGCCAGAGGCGGAUGAGCUACGGGACACGCAACACAAGGCGCAGGAGCACCGUGCACAUUCCAGACAACCGCACUGAUCCGACUGUGAUUCCCAGCUCGUCGCUGCUUGGUUUCUUGGAGCGCUUUCCAUGGAGACUGGGUGCACGGGGUGUCAAGUAUCGGCCAUCUGCUGCUGAUCUGCAGGAGCACCCCGGUACCCGGCGGUACGCGCACGAAGAUGAGCCGUUGAUGGAGGUUUUGGAUGACGAUGAAGGCCCGCUAUCGCCUACGCCUAAAGGUCGGAAUCGGAGUGCUACGCAGUCUUCUCGUGGGACUGAGACCUCUCUCAGCUCGCGUGGUGAUCUAUUCCCUAGCGACGAAGAAGAGGAUGCGGUUCCCCUGGACGAUGAAUUCGCGCUUGCUUUUGGGCGCCGUGGGACUGGCUUGGAAUCGGAUGAUCAGUCGGGACCCAGGCCUGAGAUUAAGUCUGGUUCUGCUUCUAGUCUUGGCGGUGCUUCGUCUGAGAAUACGAAGCGCAAGAAGAAACGCUCUUCAAGGCGCUCAACUGGCCACAAUGAUACUUCCGUCCAAGACGUUGAUACCCCAUCAUUGGCAGAUAUGAAGUCAGAAGAACAACGUGCAGCACUAGAAGAAGAAGCGGCAAUUGCGAGAAGACGACUCGCUGCGCAUGAACUGGCUCUAAGUCGAGGCCUUGAUGCGCGAGGUGGUGAUAAGCUCACCGCAACAUCUAAGAAUCCAAGUCUCCUGUCACAAGAUGAGGAUAAACAACCUAUUACUCCGAAAAGGACUUUCAGCGAAUCAUCAAGUCGUCGAUUGUCUGGUUAUCAAACCGAGCCUUUCCCAGCCCUUUCUAUGUCACCUUCGUCAUUGGCUAUAGACUCUCCAGGCCUGUCAAAAGCUUCACCGAGAGCUAUCUCACCCCAUGAACUCGGUGAUACUUCCACUUCUCUUGAUUGA